GCGGCGCGGUGUCACAGUACUGUCGUCGCUACUCGCGAGUUAACACGUUUAGUUGUUUACGUUUUUUCUUUGUUCGUAUCCAACUGAACAUCGUAUUUUGCAUCGGUUCGACACUGUGUGCGCAGUUGCUACUUGCAAGUCAAGACUUCCAAUUGUGAAUUACGUUUGCCUUUAGUGUGUGUGAGAACAUUGAUAUCUUUAGAUUUUUACAAUCAGCAGACCGGCACUUUGUAAUGUGUUUUUUUUCUUCAUCGUAAUUUGAUCAACUUUUACAAACAGUAUGUCAGGGGCCGAUGAUGUUCCUCUCAGAGAUGAUAUUCCUCUCAAGGAAUAUCUAAGCCGUAUCAAAAUUAAAGACGACAAACAGUUUGACUUAUUUAAAAGAACUCUACGCUCAACUUAUAAAGAGAAUAUCUCACGGAGGGAUGCACAAAACAAAACCAAACUAUGCAAUUCUGCGAGGAAGGAAGCUAAUCCACUUAUUAAAUACUACCAUGUUGUCUACGAAUGCAUUCAUGGGAAGGAGAGAGUAAGUACAAGUACUGGACAGCGUAAUGCCAAAACGAGUAAAUUUAUUUGUCCAGCAACGAUUACAUUCACGUGGUCUCAAGAUGGGUUCUAUUACUUUGUUAGUGAAGUAAUAAGUCACAAAGGACAUGAACAUUUUAAAGGCCUAACUCAUACUCUACCACAAAACCGAAAAUGCGACGAAGAGACGGAAAAUUUUAUCAGCUUGGCCAGAAUUUCUUUUAAUUGAUGGUACAUAUAAUUUGUUAGAAUUGGGAUACGUUGUUUUGUUAAUAGCUGCCGAAGAUGGAAAUAGAAUGACUGAGAUAGUGAGUGUUUGUAUCGUUUCCACAGAGGAUGAAUCUGUUGUCAGAUGGUUUAUUGAAUGCUUUAAAAAGCACCAUUCAGAAGCUUGUAGAAAUACCAAAUCAUUUAUGGGUGACAAAGAUAAAACUUUACGCAAGGUCAUCAAAGAAAUGUUCCAAGUUCCGAUGUAUAUUUGUAUGUUUCACUCUAAGCAAGCCUUUCAUAAUGCUCUUUCCCCGAAGAAAAUGAAACUUUCAAACGAAGAUCGAGAAUUUUGUCUAAAAAUAUUUCAAAAAAUGGUUUACAGCAAAAGUUUUCAAGAAUAUGAAAAACAUCUAACCGAAUUUUACGCAUUUGCACCAACAGAUAUUAUAGGCUACUUCAAUAUGUAUUGGAAAAAUUGCUAUGAUGAGUGGGUUUACUUUGAAAUGUUCGCAUGUAACUAUGGAAACGGUACAAACAAUCGCUUAGAAUCUGUAAAUCAAAAACUAAAACUGCAUCUUCGUAAACAUAUUGCAUUACUUCAAUUUUUUAUAUCGCUUUUUGAUUAUUUUAAAUUAUCAAAUUACGAAAAAGAUUGUAAAGCUGCAGCAACAGUAAUGAGAAGAAGUCGAUUAUCUUUGCAGUACCUAAAAUUAAGUGAUUAUCAAAAUACUUUAACUCCAUAUGCUUUCAAAUAUGUAGUGGAACAGUAUAAUACUGUAUCGUUUGUUGAACAUCAGGCUUGUACGCCAAUUAAUGACAAUGAGUAUAAAUCAACGUCAGCUACACGAACUAAGAUUUGUACUACUGUAAGUUGUUCGUGUACAGAAUACCGUUCCAUGCGUUUACCAUGUCGUCAUAUUUUUUUUAUAAGGAUGAAAAACAAUUUGCCAUUAUUUAGCCCAGAUACUUACGAUGAGAGAUGGUCUACGCUCUAUUACAAGACUAAUCAGAGAUUAUUAAAAGUAGCACCUUCUAUUCAAGUAAACUCUACGCAAUCUCAUUUUAAAAAUAAUGUCACUAAUCGUAAUAAUGAUGAGAAUUCAUUGAAUUUGACUGAUAGUAAUAAUGCAAAAAGUUUCUUACACCAAGAAAACGAUAAUUCUGUGCUGAACAGUACAAAAAGUAAUGAGUUUAAUGACGAUGUUUGUGCUAAUGCCAAAGAGAAUAUAAAAUGUUCCUUGGAACAAGAACUGAACGAUUCUGUGAAGAGUAUUGAAAUUAAUAGUACAAACACUGAAAUGGAAACCGUAGCUGCUAGUAGUUUAAGAGAAUUUAACGACUGUGUUUUGAAUAUUACUAAGGAUCUUGUUAAAAAAAAUAUUACAGUGCAAUCAAAUGAAAAAGCAGCGCACAAUUUAGAUAGUAUUGAAAUUGAUGCUAAAAUGUUAUCUGUAAAAAGUAAAGGGCGACCAAAAGGUCGAGCUUUAAAUGCGAUAGGUUUAAGACGAAAAAGUAGUGAUACGGUAAAUUCUAACUAUCUACAAAACGCAAGCCAAAAACAGUAGUUUCUAAAAAACUUAUUACACAUUUACAAGUGCCAAAGAAGCCUGAUAAUUUAGUGAAGUUUACUGAUAUGUCAAAUGAUUACCAAGCUAAUAUUAUACUAAGUCACUGUUUGACUAACAGCAAAAUUGAUGAUUUACAGAACGGUAACAAUAUCAUUUUACGUACUGAUCUCACUAUUUCUGAUAAAGAUGUGUGCUGUUUUUCUGAUGAUAGAAUAAGAGUAGAUAUACUACGUUCAUUUGUAAGUGUUGAUGUAUUUUCUCAUUUAAAAAAUAUUAUUGAAAAUCAGAAAACCUUUAAAUGGUAUUGUUUUCAAUGUAAGCUUGUAUUACGUGGGAAGCAGAUAAGCUGUGAUAGGUGCUUAGCGUGGAUGCAUUUUAAAUGCGCCAAAAUUACCAAUAUUGAUGAAGAUGCAGACUGGUUUUGCAAUCAAUGCUCGGUAUAAAAUAUGUUUCACUACUUUAUUAUUGAACUAACAUAAGUUUAGAUCAUAAAAAAUGUUAAAAUCUUGAAAAUUGUAGCAAUUUGUUUGAUUGUUGUUAUAAAAUUCGUAUUUCACUAUAACUAUUUUUUAACAUGAUGA